UGGGUGCGUACGGGGCCUUACGAAGCUGACGCAGUAGGCGGCCCGGCGAGCGGAGGCGGCGGCGGCGCGGGCGGAGGCGGCGUUGGAGAAUCGCGAGGAGCGGGGGCAGGCAGCCAGCCCCGGGAUGGAGGCAACGGCAGCGGCUCCUCUGGCCAGCCGUUGGCGGCGUCGCCGGAGACGGCGGCCAAGGGUGGCUGCAGAGAGAACAUGCUGAUUCUUCCUUUACUCAUGAAGCCUAGAUCCAUGGACAUAGAUAUUCUCAAGAAAGUUUCUUGGGAUGGAAGAAUGUGCUUCUACUGGACUACAUGCUAUCCUAUAGGCAGCCUGGAAUUUGGGUCAUAAGCACCAAGACAUAGAAGUUGACUCUUCUCCAAAGAACGUCAGCUGGACUGAAAUGGGCAGAUCUUACAUGAGAAUUUGGAAGAAUUCCAGAGAUUUUCAAAGUAUGUAGAAAGCUGAUUUGAGAGCUUUGCAAGAGAAAAGACAACCAGGAAUUCUUUGCAUGAUGGAAUGAGGUGAAUGUUGUGCCUGGCGAUCCUCCUCAGACCCACUAGCCAUGCCAGGGAUUGUGGUGUUCCGGCGUCGCUGGUCUGUGGGCAGUGAUGACCUUGUUUUGCCGGCCAUCUUUCUGUUCGUCCUUCAUACCACAUGGUUUAUAAUCCUUUCUGUUGUGCUGUUUGGACUGGUAUACAAUCCCAAUGAGACCUGCUCUCUCAACCUGGUGGACCACGGCAGAGGCUAUCUGGGCAUCUUGCUCAGUUGCAUGAUCGCUGAAGUCGCAAUCAUCUGGCUCAGCAUGCGUGGCAGUAUCCUGUACACAGAACCCCGGGACUCAAUGCAAUAUGUACUUUACGUUAGACUGGCCAUCUUGGUGAUUGAGUUUAUCUAUGCUAUUGUGGGCAUUGCUUGGUUAACCCAGUACUACAGUUCCUGCAAUGAUGUUACUGCCAAGAGUGUCACUUUGGGAAUGGUGGUCUGCAACUGGGUUGUGAUUCUCAGUGUCUGCAUCACUGUCCUAUGCGUCUUUGACCCAACAGGCCGAACUUUUGUCAAACUGCGGGCCACAAAGAGGAGACAACGUAACUUGCGGACAUACAAUUUGAGACAUCGCUUAGAGGAAGGGCAGGCUAGCAGUUGGACCCGACGGCUUAAAGUUUUCCUUUGCUGCACACGAACAAAAGAUUCUCAGUCAGAUGCUUACUCUGAAAUUGCCUAUUUGUUUGCUGAGUUUUUCCGAGAUCUCGACAUAGUUCCAUCUGAUAUCAUAGCAGGCCUAGUACUACUACGUCAGCGGCAGAGGGCAAAACGGAAUGCAGUACUGGAUGAGGCAAACAAUGAUAUCUUGGCCUUCUUAUCAGGAAUGCCAGUAACCAGGAACACUAAAUAUUUGGAUCUGAAAAACUCACAAGAAAUGCUUCGUUACAAAGAAGUCUGUUACUAUAUGCUCUUUGCACUGGCUGCUUAUGGCUGGCCAAUGUACUUGAUGAGAAAGCCUGCUUGUGGACUCUGUCGACUGGCUAGAUCUUGCUCAUGCUGUUGUCUUUGCCCUGCUCGACCUCGCUAUGCCCCUGGUGUCACUAUUGAGGAAGAUAACUGCUGUGGCUGCAAUGCUAUUGCCAUCCGUCGCCACUUUCUGGAUGAAAAUAUGGCCUCUGUGGACAUUGUAUAUACUUCAUGUCAUGAUGCGGUCUAUGAAACUCCCUUCUACGUGGCUGUUGAUCAUGAGAAAAAAAAAGUGGUUAUCAGUAUCCGAGGAACUUUGUCUCCAAAGGAUGCACUGACUGAUCUGACUGGAGAUGCUGAGCGCCUCCCAGUGGAAGGGCAUCAUGGAACCUGGCUUGGGCACAAGGGAAUGGUGCUGUCUGCUGAGUAUAUAAAAAAGAAAUUAGAGCAGGAAAUGGUGCUCUCCCAGGCCUUUGGUCGUGAUUUGGGCAGAGGAACAAAGCAUUAUGGCCUCAUUGUGGUUGGGCAUUCCUUAGGAGCAGGCACAGCUGCCAUUCUGUCUUUUUUGCUCCGUCCACAAUACCCAACUCUAAAGUGUUAUGCUUAUUCUCCCCCAGGUGGCCUUUUAAGUGAGGAUGCCAUGGAGUAUUCCAAAGAGUUUGUGACUGCAGUUGUUCUGGGUAAAGACCUAGUCCCCAGGAUUGGCCUUUCACAGCUGGAGGGAUUUCGCCGACAGCUACUUGAUGUUCUGCAGAGAAGCACCAAACCAAAGUGGAGAAUCAUUGUGGGUGCGACAAAAUGCAUACCCAAGUCUGAACUCUCUGAAGAACCCGAAGCAAAUUCGGUGACCAGUAACCGCCUCUGGACUCAUCCAAGUGACCUGACUAUUGCCCUGUCUGCCAGUACACCACUCUACCCUCCUGGUCGCAUCAUCCAUGUGGUACACAAUCACCCAGCUGAGCAGUGCUGCUGCUGUGAUCAGGAAGACCCAACAUAUUUUGCUAUUUGGGGAGACAACAAAGCAUUUAAUGAAGUGAUAAUUUCCCCAGCAAUGCUUCAUGAACAUUUGCCAUAUGUAGUAAUGGAGGGUCUUAACAAGGUCCUGGAGAAUUACAACAAGGGCAAGACAGCGUUGCUUUCUGCAGCCAAAGUGAUGGUGAGUCCUACAGAGGUGGACCUCAACCCGGAGUUAAUCUUCCAGAAUCAACCCCUGCCCAGUAGACCUUCUGUACAGAUUGGAAUUGGAGAAAUUGCAGUGGACAGAAGGAACAGCAGUGCUAAGAGUAAGCCUCAGACUGAAAUCAAUUUGGAAGGGUUUUAUGAGACCAAGCUUCUGUCUCCAGUGCAGAAGGAUCCUGUGGAGAUCCUGCUUCUCGAUACCAAGGAGCGCCUUUCUGUAGAACUGCAGGACCGGCGUGCUCCUCUUGCCACAAUGGAAAGCCUGUCUGAUAACGAAUCCAUCUACAGCUUUGACUCAAGGCGUUCCUCUGGUUUCCGUAGCAUUCGUGGCUCACCCAGCCUCCAUGCAGUUAUGGAAAAAGAUGAGACUCACUGUUUUUAUAUUGAUCCAGCAAUCCCUGAGGAGAACCCCUCUUUGAGUUCACGGACAGAGCUGCUUGCUGCCGACAGCCUCUCCAAACAUUCACAGGAAACUCAGCCUCCUGAGGCCAUGCCCAACAGCGGGGGCACCACUCCUCAGCGGCAGUGCAGUGAUGAAGAGGCUGGCAGUGAUACUGACCACAUUUCCUUCACUCCUCGGGAGGAACUGACCCUCCAGAAUGGGAGGCUCAGUGAUGACCCUAGUCCACAAGUACUGGAGUUUGCAGAGUUUAUAGAUAGCCUCUUUAACUUGGAUAGCAAAAGCAGUUCCUUUCAGGACAUCUACUGCAUGAUGGUAUCAGACAGUACCAGCGAUUUUGCCGAGAUGCCCAAGUCUGUCAGCGAUCAGGAGAUCCUACUAAGAGCACAGUAUGAACCUAACUUAGUUCCAAAGCCCCCUAGGUUAUUUGCAGGCUCAACAGAUCCUUCCUCAGGCAUAUCAGUUUCUCCUUCUUUCCCCCUGAGUUCUUCUGGAGAACUAAUGGACAUUACGCCUACCGGCAUGAGUAGCCAGGAAUGCCUGGCCACUGACAAAAUCCGGACUUCUACUCCCACUGGCAAUAUGACCAGCCCUGCCAAACAUGAGGACCUUGUUAUCUCAGCCCUUUAGUAGAGGAGGUGGGGAACUAGCUACUCCCAUACAGUGAGUCAUGGGAUAACACUUGGAGGAGCUGGUCACUUGACUAGUGAGAGUUGGGGAAAAAUACGUAGGGAUGGGUGGUGACCCUUCCUAAGUGCUACAUUAAUGGCACCAAAAGAAUGUCAGCAUGAAGGAUGCCGUAACUUGGGUCAUGUUCUUAAGUUAGGAAGAAGAAAAAUCACUGCCUAACACAGCCUGCUGCUUUUUGAGGACCUUGUUAAUUGAAGUUAGAUGGUUGGUUUCCCUACCUCAGCAUAUUUGUUCAACAAGAAGGCAGAUUUCCUGCCUUUACUGCUGAAAUUAGGAUGUUACUGCCCAUAAGCUAGAGAACCAGGAUUAUUGAAGCUGAUGGGUCAGAUAAUAUUCCUAUAAUCUUGGCAAAAUGAAGGAAAUUGUGACUUUGAGCCCUAUUGCACUAGCAUGUCAUGUUUGACCCAAGCACUUGUUCUGGUUGUCAUCCUUGUGAUAUAAUAUUAUUUCUGAUUAGACACACACUCCUGUUUUAUAGCAAUUAAGCUGUGUUCCAGAGGAAUGCAGCCACCUCCUCCCAACCUUAACUGGGUGCAGUGAGAAUUGGGAUGGGGCUGCAUGUGUUGCUCCCCGAUUCAAUCUGUGUUCAGUGAUAAACCAGACUUCUUCUGAGAAGAAAGUUGUUACAUAUGCCGGAGAUCUGCAGGUCAUUCCCACAUUUCCUCACCCACUGGAGGGGUGAGAGGUCGCCAUUACAAAUCACAAUGAGCUAGUGACAAUCUUGCUCUCUGACAUAAUUUUCAUCUCUGUUGGCAUGGACUGAUUGGUUUAAACUUUAUUUGUUAUUCAGGAGGCUUGCUGAUGUCUUUCGUUAUUCCCUGUAUUCUUAUGUCCAGAACCACUUUGUCCCUAUUCAUGACUUUUCACUAAUCUGCAGUGUCAUGGCAGACCAAUCCUGGUCUGUCCCUGAGUUCAGGGAAAAGAUGGACUUUUACUGCAUGUUGAAGUCUAAUGUAUGUUUACAGAGUUAUUAAGCAUUUUAGGAGGUAUUUAUUUAAGCAGAUGGGAAAUUCCUAUCUUGAAAAGCAUUCUCUCUGCUCCUUUGUAUCCCUUCCUCCCAAGAAAACAAUGGGAUGGGCAAGAAAAAUGUUCUUCCUAUUCCUUAUUGGAGAGUAAGGACAGAGUGCCUCUGUGUAUGCAUCCCUUCAGUCACCAUUCAUAUUAGGGGCUUCUCAACAUUGCCCAAAAGUUCAACAGCAGUUCAUGGAGUUGCAUCUCGGCCCCUCAUCCUGGAACUUGGUGCUCAUGAUUAAGAGAACUUCAGUAGUCACGAUGGGAUGUUGUCACUGUAAAAUCACAGGUAUUUUUCAUUGGCAAAUGUAGGAGUAAAAGAAGGUUACGCAUACUGUGAUCUGCCAUCCUUAUAUUGUACUGAAGUAUCAUAACACAUCGGAAUGUGGUAUUAAUUCAAAGGAAAACUCUUACUACAGGUCUGUUUCUGGGCUGUGCACAACUAACUAGCUAUGCAUCACUGCCCCUUGGGUACAUCCUUGAUCCAGUCCCCUAGCUUUGCAGCCUCAGGUCACAAAGCAGAGUGCCAAAACAGAGGGGGCUCUCCUGUGCCUGUGGAGCACCAGUAAAUGGCUGGUUCAAUGUGUGGCUUGGAGGCUUGGGAGGAUUUCUGCUUUUUUGGUAACUAAAAGUGCCAUUGUGUGCAUAUCUACCUGGACAUAAGCCCAACUGCAUUCGUUCAGUGGGACUUUACUUGCCAAUAGGUUGAUUAAAGUUACAGCCUUAGUUCAGUUACCCAAGGAGAUUCCAAAAUCAAAUUGUUGUUUUACAUAUUUUAACCGUUCUGUGUUCAUUUAGAGGGAAAUCAGGCUUUAUUAAACUCUGGAGAUUUCUUGGUGGGUAAGCAUACCUUGAACUGGGCUACAGAUUUGGGUGUGUAAAUCAAUGCACCCAUAUUGUAUUAUAUAAAUGGCCCUACGGUAUGACAGGGUGUUAGUUAAUUGGGGACUUGUUAAUUGAAAUGCCAGUGUUGAAUAUGAAAACAUAAGGGUUAAUCCCCUUUUCUGCCUUGAAGUCAUAAUUAGUUGGAAACACAAAAGUUUUCAUUUAUGAAAUCUUAGUUUUCAAAAUGUGAAUUUUAUUAUUUAGGAUUUAAUGUUUUAAAGGUUCCGCUUUUAAAUGUCCACUUAUUUUCAACAGUUUUGCAGUAAGGAAGAAUUAUUUCCCUCUUCUGACCAUUUUUUUUAAAUGUAUGUGUGUUUUGUUAAGUAAUUAGAUACUGUUUUUAUAGUUGCAAAGUUGGCUCACAUAAUGGUCUUAAGGCAACUGUUAGUCCCAAUGAGGCUGAUAAGGCAGCCUUCUUCACUGAAGACACAGUGGAGAAUUGUGAAUGGCUCAAAGCAGAACCAGAAAAAUUUUUAGAUCUUAGAUUUUUGAAGAGAGCACAAAAUAAAUUGCAAAAUUUCUGAUGAAAUUAAGGAAGAUGUGGUUGUUGCCGAGUUUACAUUGCAAGUGCUUUGUGGUAGAAUAGAGUGGCCAAACGGGGUUUUCUGCUUGGGGAUCUGUAACAAUCCAAGCAGUCUGUUAGUUUUGCAGGUUCACAGCCUUGUGAAUGAUCCAGUGCUAAUAAUUAGCACCCAGAGAGCGCUUUAAAUUUCAAAGCACUUUAUAAAUACAUUGAAUGAAGCUUCCCAAUGUUUGUGGGUCAUGAGAAUGUGGGUGGGGGAAAGGAAAGGGUGUGUGAACGUGUAUGUGUGUAUGCAUUCAGCUUAUCUACUGUAUUUCUGGAUGGAGGUAGCACUGUCUCCAAAAAUCUAACUAGGCUAUUUGAAUGCAGUUUCAUAUCUUAUUAGAUUUAGUUUAGGCUUGAACUGUCAAGCUGUAAGAAUCCUGGGGAGUUGAUGCAGCUUUGCUUGGGGAUCUAUUAAUUUGUUGUCUCAGUAGUGGUCAGACUGUGAUUGAUGAAUUAAGCUAUUGCACUACAGUGUCACACCUGACCUGAGCAGCAGUUCAAAGUCAUUUCAUGGGGUUUUGCUAGCUUUCUUUCCUUUAAAACCAGUUUCGUUUUUAUUACAAGAGACUGUUUUUCCCCUCUUCCAUGUCAAUGUCCAAGAGAAAUCAAGACAACUGUAAUUUUUUUGUUCAGCUCACCUGUAUGUUGUGUAAUAAUAAGGCGGUUGCUCAGAAGAAAAAUACACAAAUUUUGGGGGCUAACACUUUUGCACUGACUAGAUUAAAAUAGAAGUUGACUUGGAACAUCUAUUUGCUAUACAACCUUAUAGUAUCCUGCCUUGCCUAUUUAACAUCUCUUAGCCUUUGUUCUUUCUAAAUAUAAGAAAUAUUUCAAUGUUUCUCCAAUACACCUUGGAUUUCUUCUUUCCUUUUUGCAAACAUAUAUCCAUUUCAAUUAUAGUAAACAGCUCAAAAAGCACAUGUUGCUGACACAGAAGUUCUUCCAGAGACAUGGCUCCUAGUGCUAUCAGUCCAACAGCACUUUGCAGCUAUUGCAUACUUCUCUUCUUUAAUUAGAUAAAAUUAGUAGUGAGAAAACAAAAUAAAUUACAGAUUUACAUUUUGCAUCACGUGUCAGAUUGGCCCGAUCAGUCAGUUGCAGUGCAAAAGCCUCAUCCAGAAGCACCCAUCCACCCUGGAUUCACUAUUCGGCUUCAUGCCUAAACAUAUUGCUACCUCUUUCAGCCAUGCUACAUCCUACGGCUUAUCAUGUUGAUUCUCUUUGUACUUUGAUGGGCUAGUUUUUGGUCUCUUCUGCCAUCUGCUUACUCUUUCAACUCAUCCAGGAUUACUGAAUUUAGGAUGGGAUUGCACCAUUCUGCUGUAGGUUUAGAAAAGAGUAAGGCAAUUAAUUUACACUCAGAGGCUAUGUUUUGAGCACUUUAAAAUAAAAACAUGUCAUCAAAAGCACUUCACAUUUCUAAUUCUGCCAGGUUAACUCUCCUUCUUCAAACUUCUCCUCAUUCAUCUUUUUAUUCCCUUAUCUCAUUAUCCUGAUUCCAAAAUGCUCUAUUUCUUUGCUUCUAACCUUUCGUCCUAGUUAUCACCGAGGGCAUCUCAUUGGUCAAAAUGCUUGCUUUCAUGUACCUAGACUUUGCAUUUCAAAGUGAAAGGUUUGCGCCAAAGGAAUGUUGUUGCUGUAUUUUUCUAGCACUCAAAUUAUAGGAUGUUGACGUGGUAAAACAUGGUCCCUCUGGCAUAGUGAUCUUGAUUAUCAGGUUCAAUUCAGUUGCAAGCAUCACAGGUACCUGUGAAGUAGUACUUGCAAGAAGCACACAAUUCCCCCUUUGCCCUUUUUGGAAAUGUCUAGGCUGGUCGGUGGCAUUUAGUUCCUUCACUCUUCUUAGUCUACAGCUGCACUGCUAAAACAAUUGCUCUUGGACAGAAUAUGCACACAUGAACACACACACGUCAAAAAUGAGCAAGACAGGUCUACAUCUUAGUGUUUUACUAUUACUCUCAUUUCCGUAACCCUUAACUGUUUCAUUUUUUUUAAAGUGCUGUGUGCUUUCUCACAUUUCAGAGCCAACCCUGUCAGUUAUCAAGAGCUGUUCACAUAAAAUGGGUUAUGAUGGACAACAGUUUGGGAUUGAGUGUGAAAAAUGCUUAAAGAUAAAAUCCUGCAUAAUUCAUCCUGUGAGGCUGCCUUAUACAGAACUUGGUUAUAGUACCUGUCCAUCCAUCCCAAAAUGGCCUGCCUUAGCAAUGGCUCUUCAGUGCCUUAAGCAGAGUUUUUCUGCCCAAUAUCCUUUCUAAUUGGAGAUGCCAAGGACUGAACUGGCCUAUAGAUGAAGUGUCUAUUCGACCAUUGAAUUCUGGCUCUUUAUAAAUCCUUUAUUUGAUGUCUGUAUGCCCUUUAGCUGAAACGAUAAAUAUCUUAAUUUUUUUCAGUGGAAAUAUUAGGCUUUCUUGCCUUGUCAUUCUAAAGAACCUAAUAAGCAGUAUGUUUAUCAAAGCCUUGAGCUUGACCUGCCAAUGUGAUGGAAAUCUGCAUCUGCUUUUACAGUCUGUUUGGUGGUGUGCCUUGUUUGUCGUUGAAAAGAAAACCAUUUUAUAUUUUGAUGAUUUGUUCUCCUUGUUUCCUUACACUAAAUUAAAAAUCUCUUUAGCAUCAAGUACUCUGUUUGGGGAAGAGUUUCUAUUCUGUUUAAGGUCAUUCUUUGUAGUAGUUUUCACUUGUCACCACUGAAUGUCUGAAUUGGCCCUACCAUACAGCCUCAUAAGAUAUACUGUAGUAACAUUUUAAUACAGAGCAAAGACAGAGCAGUUAUUUUCUAUCAUAUCAGAGCAGUUAGUUUCAAAAAAAUUCAGUCUCAAAAUUAUUCCCAAAAUUUGGAUAGGUUAUGAGAGCAAGAAAAAUUAUAUGGAUCAUUUGUGGGAAAACAGCCUUUUGUACUCUAUUCCCUUUUGCCUCAUUUGAUAAGACAAGAAAUGUAUGUGUGUUGCCAGCUACAAGUCAUCCCUUUACCCUCAGAAGACAAUGUCAGUAGACCUAACUAGAAGUAAACUUUAGUGAGCACUGUGAGACCUAAAGUAAACCCUGCAUAAGGUUGUUCUGUAUGAGACCUACCCACAACCCUAUCUAAUGUUUUCUCCCAUGUAAUAGUUAAAAGCUAUAGCCAUUUCAUUCUGUUUUCAAUUAAAAUAAAAAAAGUGAAGGAGAAUGAAGGAAUAAAGAAAUAGUUUAGAGACUGAUUUAUUUUAUCUUGAAAUUUUAUGGAUAUAAGUCAACUUCAGAUGCAGAGCUUGUUGCUUGCUCUCCUCUUAUGUAGGUAGCUGAAAACCGAUGCUAUUUCUUUUAGUUCUAAAUUGCUGAAAUUCUGGUUGCUCUUUUACAUAUCUCUAACUCUUAUAUCUUUCUUUGUCUCUCUGGUUCUUUUUCAUAUUCUUUCCCUGACUCUGUUUUCCAGCUUUACUUACAUACAUUAUUUUAUUUUUUUCUGCCAUUGUUUUGGCUAAUCAUACAGGGAAUAAAGUUCUCUUAACUUUGUUUUUACACUUAAUCUUCCAAAGCUGAACUUUUACAUGUCUUGAUAAUAUCCCUUUGCCUCUCUUAGUCAGAGCAUCCUAUCAAAUAAAUCCUUAUUUGCCAACUCCUAAAACUGAGCACAGAUUGAAGGUAUAAUUCCUUCAAAAAUACAUCCGUUGUAUGCACUAGUUUUUUUUAUGUACUCCUUAAAGCAUAAUAUGUGACACACCUUUUUAUGUACUAGCAUGAUGUUAUAAAUGGAUAUAUGAAUAUAAUUUUGUGCACCCAUUUCCACUCAUUCAUAACCUUGAUUUCCCCCGUGCUCCAUAUACACUUGGGUUAUGCAUGUGAUAGUUGCUAUGUAAAGGUACUUUCUAGUUACUCGUGUGAUACCAUACUCGUGUCUUUAAACUUACCCCAUGUCACUGAGGUCAAACAGAAUAACCUGUACAGCUUAGCAAGACUGAAACAAAAUUGUGAGAUAUGAAAAAGUAACAAAAGAAAGAAGUUACUCCAACGUGCCAUUUGGAUGUGUGAGAGCCAUGGAUAAACAAGUACUUCUGCAGUCUCGUGACAUAUAUUAUUGGAAACAUAUUAUCAAUAUACUACAGUUAGAUUUGGCUUGUGAUAAGGCUGGAAAAAUACUCGUGUAUUUUGUUAUGCUGUGUUUUUCUCUAAAAUCUGUUUCUCAUUUGGAUGUAUUUUCUCUCAUUGUGUGAUGAAACAGAAGAUGAAUGCUCACUUGUUCAUGGACCUUUUCUUUCUCCUAAAAAAAUAUAUGUAACUUUCAACUGUCUUGAAAUUUUUUCACUGUCUUGAAAUUCUAAGUCUUCAGAUACUCUCAACAAAUCCAUCUUGCAAAUUGAAAUAACUUCUUUCUUUUGUUGCUUUUUCAUAUCUCACAAUUUCUUAAGCUGAUGCCCAACAAAAUCCAAUACUAAGAUUAUUAGGAGUGCACUACAAAUAUUUCUACUCUUCUGUGAAAAAAGAGCAAUGGGAUGAUAUGGUAGGGAUCUUUUCAUGAACAAAAACAUUUCUCAUUACUUGUUCUUGGAUCUGUAUUUUGAAAAUAAAGUCCAAGGAUAAUUUCUUGGUGUAUCCAGCUAAAAAAUCUAAGGCUAGCGGUGCUGCGAAAGGCAUAUACCAGAAACCCUUAAGAGUAUUACUGCCUUUCAGAGUAAGCCAACAGUGGUCUGACUCCAUAUACAUUAUCUAUUUAUGGUAUUUUUGUACCACUCAUAAACAGGUUCUAUGGGUGGUUUAUUUGGGGAGACUGCAAACCAUGAAAUAUAAAAUCAUUCAAAAUAAAGAACAGAUUAAAACUGUCAUGAUAAAACCAUUUACUACAGAGCACAGUUGUGCCAAAGGCCUUAAAAAGUACUGAAAUACGAUCAAGAAAAAAGGUCACUUGAUGCUUAAAAAUGACAGUGUGAGGAAGUAAGCCUCUUUGAAAGAGGACAUUCCACAAUCAUGGUGCUACCUCUGAAAAGGCCCUUCAUUUAGUAGCAACCCAUCUCAUCACAUCUAUCAGGUACAUCCAAAUAAGGGCCUUUGAAAAUGCUCUUUCUGAUAUCUUUCUGAUAACCUGGCUGUUAAGUCAUUUAAAAUUUAAAUUUUAAUAUCAGCACUUUCACUUAGGGCUGGAAACAGAGCACCGCCUUCUACCAUAGGCCUUUGCCAGCUUGCAUGGUAGAGUGUCUCCCAUCCAAAAAGGGAGAAGAGUACAUUGAUGAGUCUUCUGUACUGUGGGACAAUGUUCCAGGAGCAAUAGAUGGGUAUAGUAAGAUCUGUAAAAAUAGGCUGGGGACCACAAGCAAUACUGUUGUCUCCACCUUCAAUAUCUUAGCAUAUAUUUCAGAUCUGAGGUACCUAUUAUGAGAUGAAGAUAACAUGAAUAAAUUAUAACUCAGCAGGUUCUGAUCAGUCACUGGAAAAGCAAUGAACAAGAUACAUCGGAAAGAACUACAAUACACAUUGACUGCAUACAGACUGUUCCUGAGAUAUUGCUGCAUCACUUCAGUGUUUUGUUUUGUUUUGUUUUUUGGUUUUUCCACUGUCACUCACUCUUCUGUUGUGCCUUUGUUUCUUUUGAGAUGCAAAAAAUAUAAAGGGACAAAGAGACCAAGGUCCUACCCCAAGCAGGUGGGGGGAUAAUAUUCCAUCCACAAAGUUACAUAUCCUACUCCCGCACAUAGUCAUUUAAGUCCUUUUUAAAAAUAUUUUGGAUAGGGCACAAGAGGCUAUCUGCUGACCCCCUGUGCCUUUCCCAAAACCUCCCACCCCCCGAAAAGGUUAAGCCCCAGGAGGGAGCCACUUCUGGCAUUUCUUCUUAUGAAUGCAACAGGAAUAAAGCGGGGAGGCAAAUGAAAUGUUGAUAAAUUUGGUUUAGAGUGCAAAAGAAAUGUGAGAGUACACACUGGCUGAGUAUCCCGUUCUAUCCUUUUCUCUUUGCACUAAAUUGGUUGGGAUGCUUUCCUGCUCUCUUCCAGUAAGCAAGAGCAUGACAGUUUAGGGGAAAGGGAGUUUGUUUCACAAAGGGCUACAGAAUAUCACCUUGUGCUCCAUCCUGGAUCACAUAUGCAUGACUGAGGCAACUUCCACACAGCUGUAUAAAAUCCACGUUGAACUGGACUAUAUGGUAGUAUGGACUCAGAUAAUGCAAUUCAAAGCAGAUAUUGUGGAUUAUCCGCCUUGAUAUUCUGGGUUCUAUGACUAUGCGGAAGGGCCCAUAGUCACACUUCACUCCUGCUUAUGUCACUCAGAGGAUUUUGGCCAAUAUCACUUGGCUUCAUUCCUUUUAUCUUCAUGUAUUGCUGCCUUGCUUCUCUUGUAAUGUGCAGGAGAGAUGGCACUUGGAGUCAGUCUUCAUCUUUGAUGUUGUUGGCUUUAGCCAGUUAUCCUCCUCACUCAGGCUGUCUUAACAAGUGCCAAUAGUGGUGCCUCAUUAAUUCAAGUAGGUAUUCUCCAGCUUACCUACACUAUACAUAAACAGGUUAGUCUGUGAGAUGAGACUGUUGAUCUUUCUAAUCUAGGAAAGCUCUCUUGACUGGAGACAUGCUUGGAAUUGACUUGAAGAAGUGAUACUGGAUCUAUUCAAUAUGCUUUCAUUUUUCAUUUGAAAUUAUAUCUAAAAAUGCUUCAGUUCUGAUUGUUGGGAACAACAUCCUUUCAAAAUGGCAAAACUGACUUUGUCCUUCCAUCUAAAUUGGACUGCAGCACAAUUGGAGUACUUUCCUUUCAUAAUCAGGUGUUUGUAGUUUUGGGGACACUUUAUUUUUAACUCCCAGUGUUUCAUUUCUCUGUUAAACAUCACCUGAUUCUGUAGUCUAACUUUUCUCUUAGCAUAAGUGAGUUCCAACCAACUUUCACGUCUGGGCCUCGAAACCCAACAACUGACUACACACUGGAUGGAAUAAUUUUAAGGAAAAUAUGCUGCAAACAAAAGCAUUGGGGCUUGUGUGCACCCGUUGUUCAUCACAACUUCAGCAGGGCCCAGAUGUUCAAAAUCCUGAGUUCAUGCUACAUGAGAUGCUACUGAAGGGACUCAUGCCAGUCCCAAGUGUCAUGUUAGCAUUCAGACUGUCUUACUGGUAUUUAACUGCAUGGUCUGACAUGUGUUUACCCAGUUUGGAUGUAUUGUGUGUGUAGUGCUAUUGCACAGGCGAUAAAAUUGACAGUGCACUAUCACACAUUGUCAUUAUUAUUGGUGUUCAUAUCAGCAUGUCACAGGUGCCUACUGGCAGCUGCUACCUUGCAGAAAAAGUGUCUUAUCUGAAACUAUGACACGGUAAGCUGCACUUAAUUCCCUCUCCUAAGUUGCUAUAGUCCUAGAAAAGAGUUGUUUUAAAGCAAAAAAACUCAUACCUUCUUUCCCCUCUAUUCUGAUUGUUAACUUCAUUGACUGAUGCCCACCUAUCACAUAUUGGUGGCCAAGUGCUUUCCACCGCCUCUGUCUUUCAAAUGCUGGGCAUGGUGGGAGGGAUGUCAUCUUUUGCACUCCUCUGCAUUAGCCUGAAUUUACGUUGGUACACCUAUAAUGUUAACUGCCUGCCUAGCCUCUGGAUUCGUAUGCAGGUGCUCACUUGUUGUGCAGAUGGAAGACACUUACGUGGAUUCAGUGUUAUGAAGCACUCACUUUAUUUAUGGAAACUUGGGCUCUUGCCUGUAUGAGGGGCAUUACCAAUUAUUUUAUUAUUCUGUAACAAAACUCUGUUAUUCUGUAUUUGUGUACAGAAAAUCACUUUACUUCCUUCAGCAACAGUUACAACUAUUUUGUGUAGGAAUGUUCCACUGCUUUUAUCUCUCCUUAUUUUUUUAAAUAUCUUCUGCUGGGGUACGUUGGAGCCAGGCGUUUACCAGUAGACUCCUGCUUCUUGAUAGUUUAAUUAAAACUCUUCUUCCCUUUGCAGGAGAAAAGUAUCCUUCCUAUGCCUCUGAUCCUGCAGUCCUCUGAUUCCAAAUCAUGGAUUCCACAAAAGCCUUUUAAUGCAACCAUUGGAAAGGCAAGUUAAGAGUCCAUGUGCUGUUGCCACUUGCGACACCAUUCAUUCCCCCCUCUUCCAGGAAUGCUAUCUGUUGGAUCCCUGCUCUGAUUCACCCCAGCAUGAAGGCUCUAGGGAACUCUGAGCACUCUACAUGUGCCAUUCUUAUGUGACUUUUUUACCUAUGUAUGAAAGAUAUGAACUAAUAUUGCUGUAAAGAAAGAUACAAAUUAUUAUAACAUAUUAUAUAAAUAUAUAUGUAUAUAA